CUUAUACAGAAUACCUUAUAGAGAGACCUUAUACAGAAUACCUUAUAGAGAGACCUUAUACAGAAUACCUUAUAGAGAGACAUUAUACAGAAUACCUUAUAGAGAGACCUUAUACAGAAUACCUUAUAGAGAGACCUUAUACAGAAUACCUUAUAGAGAGACCUUAUACAGAAUACCUUAUAGAGAGACCUUAUACAGAAUACCUUAUAGAGAGACAUUAUACAGAAUACCUUAUAGAGAGACAUUAUACAGAAUACCUUAUAGAGAGACCUUAUACAGAAUACCUUAUAGAAACCUUAUACAUAAUACCUUAUAGAGAGACAUUAUACAGAAUACCUUAUAGAGAGACCUUAUACAGAAUACUUAUAGAGAGACAUUAUACAGAAUACUUUAUAGAGGGACAUUAUACAGACUACCUUAUAGAGAGACAUUAUACAGAAUACCUUACAGAGAGACCUUAUACAGAACACCUUAUAGAGAUACCUGAUACAGAAUACCUUAUAGAGAGACAUAAUACAGAAUACUUUAUAGAGGGACAUUAUACAGAAUACCUUAUAGAGAGACCUUAUACAGAAUACCUUAUUGAGACCUUAUACAUAAUACCUUAUAGAGAGACAUUGUACAGAAUACUUUAUAGAGAGACAUCAUACAGAAUACCUUAUAGAGAGACCUUAUACAGAAUACCUUAUAGAGAGACCUUAUACAGAAUACCUUAUAGAGAGACCUUAUGCAGAAUACCUUAUAGAUAG